AUGGCGACUCAAUCUCUUCCUUCCACCCCGAAAGCAACACCUCCGCUGGCUCCUCCCACCCCAGAGGGUACCCUGACCCCUGGGAAAUGGCGACACCCUCAGCUGGAUGAGAUCGUCCGGCGCCAAAAUGCAGCUACAUUUGAUCAGAAAAAUGUGAAGAAGCUGGUUUGGAACGGUGCAGCUUUGAUCAUGAGCUGGACGUUUGGAUCUACUCUCAAAACCUAUGGCGCUCUAUCCCCUCUUCCGGCCAAAGGACGACCUCUCCGACAUUCCCUUACCCCCACUCAACGCUCACUCCUUGGUUUGGAUCCUGCUGCCACACCACCAGCAACUCCUGGGACAACAUUCGUUACCCCGCCCAGAUACCGGCUUUCCACAUCACGCAAGGCUAGUCCUGCAAGCAGACAGCCCUCCCCCAUGUCCGCAAAUGCAAGCUUUUCUGAGCGACGCUCUUCUAUCAGCACACCCUUCUCGCCUGCCUCCAGUCCUCUGCUUUACAAAGCAAUGUCAAACGGGGGCAGGGAGUCUGUUCAGCGCCAGAGCUUUGGAUCCGCAUCCCCUCUGGCUCGAAGUAACUCCUUUGGGGAGUCAACCAUGAGCAUGGCCCCAAGUACGCCUUCUCCGCUCGUGGGAAAACGUGGAAGCCUAGGAGUCAAGAACAAGUGGUUAUAUGAGAGGAGCCGGCGGCUUUCUGCCACACUCGGCAAAUUAUCACGCAGAAAGCGCCCUCGCCUCACCAACACAUUGACAUUUGCUGUGGAAAAUCUGCAUGAAGCCCACAACGGCCUUCCUUCCGCUAUGGGAGCUUCGGAGUCCAAGCUUGUCUUCAAACAGGGCAUCUUCCGCCUCUCGGAGGAACAGGAGAUCCCCGCAGACGACCCGUACUGGACCAGAUUCUGGGAGCUUCCUGAAUCAACCGAAGAUGUCUUUAGCCUUUUCACACCGGCAGACAUACGACGCACGCGAGAUCAUGCCUUGCACAACUUCCAAACACUCCUACUCGCAGUCACGUCGCGACUAACGGUUUUGAAAAAUCAUCCCUCGUUUCCCGACCCCGAUCUUGCCCCCGAGCGUGAUGUCCUCAACUGCAUUCGGAUCCUCACCCGCCUCCUUCCCUAUGUUUACGAGGCGGAACAUCUGGAGCAAUGGGAGGAUAAUUUCUUCUGGGCACGUCGAAGGAGAAGAACCAGGCAAUCACAAAUUGCUGGAGAGGUCCUGUUUGAUGAAGCACAGCCGGAGGAUAACCAAGAGGCGACGUCACCGCGCGCAGAGGAUUACGAGGAUGUGAAGCCUCUUGCCGAGGAGUUGAUAGAUACACUGGUGGACUUGCUCUUCUUUGCCGACUUCACAAUCCCUCGACUUCCAACUGUGAAGAGCAAGGUCUCUUUUUCAAUUUGGCAGAGUGGUGUUGGCUGCAACACGGCUAUGGGGUCCAACAAAACAUUCGAGAGCAACCGAUGCGAAAUUCUACGGCUUAUGCUUACUCUGACCGGAAAGGCCAUGUAUUUGCCUUCUAAUACAUUGCCCGUCCAAGGCGUCAAGGCAAUUACUUACAUCACAACGUGUCAAGAUAAGCAGGCUGUCUUGACUCUACUUUGCUCCCUUCUCAAUACAGCAAUGAAGUAUAACCCUGCAUCUUGGAGAGUCCCAUACGACCACGUGGUUUGGAAAGAUCCCAGGCAGAUAUUAGUGAUCUAUUGCGUGCAACUUCUCCUUGUCCUCUUGAUGUAUCCCAUUCCAGAAGACGGUCGUGGGACUCCACCGAAGAAUUAUUAUCGCCAUUACUUUGGCAGGCUACACAGACCUCAAGACUUCCAAUUCCUGGUGGAUGGGAUGACGAGAAUUCUGAAUCAGCCGAUGCAAGCUACUGCUUCUUAUCUCCCUGGGAGUCAAAGAUCGGUGAAAUGGGCCCCCGAGAUGUUGGUCCUUUUCUGGGAGACCUUGCAAUGCAACAAAAGGUUCCGGUCAUUUAUCAUCGACUCUAAUCGCUCUCACGACUUCCUUGUGCUAUGUGUCUUCUAUGCAAUGGAGUAUAGAAUGGAUGCUUCCAAACAAGGAGUUGUCCGGAUGUGCGUUUUUAUCCUUCAGACAAUGAGCGCGGAGCCAACAUUUGCCAAGAGCCUAAACAACAGCUUCGAGGCUCAAGAGACCUUACCACAAUCGAUUCGGCUACCCAGGUUCCGGGGGUCUUAUGGCGACUAUUUGAUCAUGUCAAUUCACACGUUGAUGACAACUAGCAAGGGGAAUCUCGACACUGUGUAUCCUGCGCUUUUGAUCAUCCUCAACAACAUUGCUCCCUAUAUCGAACGCAUUUCUCCAUGUGCCUGCUCGAAGGUGAUCCAACUUUUUACUUCUAUGUCCUCGCCCAGUUUCUUGUUGGCGAAUGAAUCCAACCAUACUCUUCUUGCAUCAUUGCUUGACUUCAUCAACAUUAUGCUCGAGCACAAGUUCACCGACAACCCAUAUCUCGUCUACUCGAUACUGAAAUAUAGGCAACGCUUUGAAGCUGUGCGGGCCUUCACUCUCGAGAGUGGUCAGCAAGAGAUCGAACGGCAGAAUGAGAGGAGGAAAGCUGGCAGUUCUUCAGAUGUCGCCAUCAGCCCUACACUUUCACAGUCAGAGGAUGAUCUGCACACUCCUUCGGGUGCCCGGUCACCAUUGACUCGAAUCCCCGAAGAGAAUAGUCCAUUUGCAAUUGGCGAUGACGACUCCGAUGAUGAACGUGAGGAAGAGGGAGCACAGACCCCAUCUCAGUCAUCAUUCUCAGCUCAAACCUCACGGAGGCCCUCCACGACAUCCACCAUGGACGAGAACGGAGUGCAGCAGGUGCGAGCAAUGUCCGAGAAGGCACGGGGAAAGAAACCCGCUGGGCAUCCACCCUUCUCCCGACAAAACAGCAUGACCAUAUGUCUGCUUUAUUCACCCCCCUCUGCUAGUGGCUUCACACCAACCGUCCCAUGGCUCGAGUCAUGGUUGCCCGAGCUUCCUUUACACACAACUCUCACCAUCAUCUCAGCAAUUGCACCUCAUAUACCUGAUGCAGCGCUUGCAAGCGCUGCCAGCCCAGAGGCCCGAACACUAGUCCACAAUCUCCCAUCAUUUGCUGAUGAGCCCGAGGUUAAAAGUAUAAUCUCCGAGCCCACCCCGGUUCGCGUGCAAUCAUUCGAGUGGUCUGCACUUUCCAUGGGCUGGUACGAAUCACUGCUGUGGGGCUUCAUCUUCUCCAGCGAGAUGGUAGUUGGUUCCGCUUCUGGUGCAACUCCAGGAACUGUCGGUGUCUGGAACGGUACAGCUAUUAAACUCUUCAGAGUCCAAGAAGCUGCCGCUCAAGGCCCGACCUUGCUUGCGCCCAAGGGUGCAGUUGAUGCUGUGGGCAGCAACUUAGUCCAGCGCAUCGGAAACCUCAGUCUUCGGGGUCGGAACUCACAAGACUCCGGGGCUGCCUCUUCGCCAAGCGUGCGGGAGGUUUAA